AGUGAGCUAAUCAUGCUAGCUGCUGUGCUGAGGAUGUGGGUGUGGGUCGGGGUGCUUGGUCUUUGUCUGGGCCGACCGGGGAAGACCCCAGGGGGACACAGGGCUCUUCAGAGGAGACAGGUGGCGGGAAACAACAACAACAACAAGCACUGGGAGGACAACUUCCUGUCUCGGAAAUACUGUGACCCUUCAGGCAACAACAGCUCUGCCGGGAAUAUCGUUCAGCCGUGCGGUGUUGGACAGUAUCGUGAGUGGAGAGGCCCCUUCAAAGGCCUGUGUGUGACCUGCAGCUGCAACGGCCUGUCUCAUCACUGCGACCCACACACCGGGAAAUGCCUGGAUUGUCAGUACAACACCGCUGGUGACCACUGUGAGUACUGUGCAGAAGGAUACUAUGGCGACGCGGCUCAAAGGACGUGCCGUUUGUGCCCAUGUCCGUUUUCCAUACCGUCCAAUAGUUUUGCCCUGGGGUGUAUGCAGGUGGGUGAUUCGGAUGUGGAGUGUGUAUGUAGGCCAGGCUACGCUGGGAUGAGGUGUGAAAGGUGCUCACCUGGUUACUAUGGAAACCCCAUGUUGCCGUACGGGAGAUGCCAGCCAUGUAACUGUCCCCAUGGCAACACCAACACUUGUCACCCGUUAACUGGAGAGUGCAACACGAAACCUGAUGGGGACAACUGCCAAGAGUGUGAUGUGUGUGUUGUGGAGCUGAUGAAAGAGCUGGAGGCCAUGGAUCCAGAGCUGUCUCGACUGCGGGAGGAGCUGCUGAGAUACAACGGCUCCAUCGCCCCCCUCCCCCAACUCAAGAGGCUGGAGGACGCCAUCUUGGAAACCAGGGGGCUGGUGCGAGGGUUCAACUCCUCGGUGACCACCCUGAGGUCAAAGGUUAAGCAGCUGGAGACAGACACGACGACCAUCGACGAGGACCUGAACACACUCGACAACAAGGCAAGGAAUCUCUCUGCCAGGUCUGAUGUUGUCGUGGGGAACGUGACCGAAACUCGCGACCGAGGUCAAGAUCUGUUGCUCGGAGUUGAGGACCUGUUAAAACAUAUACAAGAGCUGCUGGAUGACUUGAAGUUUACUAACUACAGCAGUGGGGUGGUACCCGAGGAGGAUGCUGAGCGGAUGCUGCGGGAGGCGGAGCGACUGCUGGAGGAGAUGAGGAGGAGAAACUGUUCCGGACCGCGGACCGCCGCCCUCCACGAGAUGGAACUUGCCCAGAACCUGCUCGAUUCCAUCACCAACGUCACAUGGCUCUCGAGCACCAAUCAGGAGCUGGCUGAGCAGAUCGGGGAGUCUCUGAUGAGGAAUAUGAUUGGUCUACGGGAUCUGCAGAAGGCCCUGGCACAUGCAGAGGACACGGUGCAUCGAGCUCAACAACACAACAUGCACAGCAUACACACACUGGCCAAACUGAAGAUUCGAGCGAGGGAGCUGGUGGAGGAGAGAGACAUCGUGACCUCUGACCUGCAGAUGGCUGCAGCGUUGCUAGGCAAUGUGUCUGACAUGCUAAGCAUGCUCCAGGACAGCAAGAGGGAGUAUGAGCAUUUGGCUGCUCAGCUAGACGGAGCGAAGAAUGACCUUGUGAGGAAGCUGAACUCUCUCUCCUCUCUGCCCCAGGUGGUCAAUACAGUCCUUCGUGCUGAGGAGCAUGCUAAGAAACUCUUUGAUGCUGCCAUGGACUUCACUAUGGAUCUGCAGAGGGUGUUAAAUGGUUCGAGUGUGCAGCGAGCACUUGACGUCAUCAGGGCCUACGCCAACAUCACCGCGGCGAUAGAGCAGGCGGAGAGGGCAGCCAGAGAGGCCAAACAGGCCGCCGACACAGCAAUGGAGGACAUCAUGAAGAAGAAUCUUACCACCAGGGCAGAGCAGCUGUCAAAGGAUGCAAGCAGCCUGCUGUCUCAAGCCAACGACACACACAAGAACCUUACAGCUGCGGUGGCGGAGGUGGAUCACCAACUGAAGAGAGUUCAUAAUGCCUCAAACAAGAUGGCCGCUCUCUGGAGAGACCUCAGAGCACAGCAACAACGCCUUAAAGACAUCGACACACACAGAGCCCGUACAGUUGCUUUGCUGAAUGCCACCAAGUCUGCCGUGUCCAAGGCAGAGGGCAAGGUCAACGCCACGGUAACCAGGGUUCAGGAGAUGGAGGAGGGGCUUAAGGAAAUCAAGAUUCCGGGAGGAGGAGGAGGGUCGGAACUAGACGACCUUCUCAGGCAGACCAACGAAACAUUGCAGACCCUGAGUGAGACACUGCCCUCUCUGAAUGAGACGCUGGAGGAGGUGGAGAGCCUCAGCACGAUGGCGCCCCCCAGUGACAACAUGACAGACAGCAUGCGGAGGAUCAGAGAGCUGAUUCAACAGGCACGCCAGAUGGCCAACGCCAUCAAGGUGCCCAUGAUGUUUACGGGUGAGGGCUUCGUUGAACUCCGACCUCCAGUUGACCCCGGUGACCUACGGGCCGUCACGAACUUUGACCUCCUCCUCCAGCGGCCCGCUCUGCCCAAGAAGCCCUCGCGUGGCGACCAGGCGGCCCUUAAGCGCAGACGCAGACGCAGGAGGAGGGGCAGGGGAAAACCGGCACACACCUCUGGACACAUAGCCGCACUUAAGGACAGAUGGGGACACACCCCUGCAGAUACACACACACACACCACCGGACACACCUCCACUCUCAAGGGCACAUUGGAACACACACCCGGACCUAGCCCCAGACUCGCACCUGCACUCAGGGGAAGGCGGGCACACACCCUCGGACACACACCCACUCGGAAACACACAAAGAGGCAAAGCCCAGAUGAAGCAAAGGAUGCUUUUGUGCUCUACCUUGGUAGCAAGAACGCGACAGGUGACUUCAUAGGCCUGGUGUUGAGGGAUGGUGUGCUGCACAGCAUGUACCGGCUGGGUGGCGACUUCCAGGAGAUGAAGAUCAGCAACGUGACGCGAUCCGACAACGCCGCAGCCAGAUACGACCGCCUAGACUUCCAGAGGAUCUACCAGGAUAUGGAGGUAAAGUAUACGCAGGGCUUCUCUUCCAAAAGCCCUGUGGAUCUCUCCCCCAUCACCCUGCGGCCUGAUUCCUCACACGGUCUCUUCCACCUGGACCUAGACCCAAACGCCACCGUCCUCUACCUGGGUGGACACCCACUCGACUUCACUCCUCCACUGGACAUGGGUAACGGCUUGGUCCCCUAUCACGGCUGCAUGGAGAUCUCCACCCUCAACCACAGGGUCAUCGGCCUCUACAACUUCCGUCAGGCGGUCAAUGUCAACGUGGAGAAGCCUUGUCAUAGGCAGGUGAUCCGUGACAAGGGUCAGAACCUGUACUUCGACGGCACUGGCUACGGCAAGGUGAACAUCAAGAACUUCAGAAAAAAAAUCCAGCUCAGGGUCAAGAGCUUGCUGAAGCAUUUCCUGCUCUUCUUCAUUGGAAAUGAGCGAUCCUAUUAUACUGUCACAGUGGAGAAUGGACACAUGGUGUUGAAGGGGAUGCUGGAUGGAAAGCUCCAUUCCAACACCUCCGCCAAGCAGCUCUUCCCAACGAGCGAUGACCCCAUUGCCAUUGACCUUUCGUUCGAACAACAAGAACUGAAACUCCGCCACACCACAGGAGUGAUAACCAUCAAGUACAAGAAAGACAGCUUCAACUCCUUCUACAUCGGUGGCAUUCCCGACACUUAUAGAUGGAGGAGUGGCAUUAGGGACCCCGCUAUGAAGGGGUUUGUGACACUGCUGAAGGUCGACAACGAGCACAAGAGUUUCACAGAGAGACUGGGCGUCAUCAGAGACCACAGGAAAGAGCUGCUGGAUAUCCGGCAUGUGGACCUCCAGGCGGGUAGCUCCCUAUCCGAGCCCCUUGUCCCACUGGAGGACCUCAUCGGCCUGGGAUUCAAGACCACCCACCCUGGGGGCACCCUGCUGAGGACCACCAAAGAGGCCCAGGGGCUGGCGUUGGCGCUGUCUGGCGGCCAUGUCGAGUUCAGGGCUGGGCGGCAGGCCGUGAUGUCACAUGGCAAAUACAACGAUGGCAAAUGGCAUUAUGUAACCGCCGUUAUAAAGCCAGGGCUACAGCUCACAGUGGAUGACAGUGACACAGGAACCAACCAACCGGCUUCCUCCGCGACCGUAACCAGUGGAAACAACCUGACUCUGGGGGGCGAUGCUUUCCUAGGCUGCCUAGGAGAUGUCUACCUCAGAAGGAAUGGGGGGCGCUAUGCACCAGCUGACCUGUCCCAGUUCUCAGCCCGUGGAGACGUGAUCCCGGGGGAGUGUAGAGUGGAACCCCCACCUCAGGCCCUCACACACAAACCCAAACACAAAGACAACAACAAAAACAAACGGGGUAGUGCUGGGGGACCUGAGGGCUGUGAGGCUCCUGCGGUCCUGCUUCAGUCCUUUCGCCUGAUUGGUCAAAACAGCCAGCUGAGUUUUCACAUACCACCAGAGGAGCUCAACUACAGGCCGCAUUUCUCGAUGGUGUUGAAGACGUUGUCCUCCGAGGGCCUGAUCCUCCACAUGAGCGUGAAACAAAAUGGCGCCCACGACCACGUGGCCCUCUACGUCAAUAAGGGAAUACUGCAUAUGGCCGUGGGCAAACACACCAUCCACCACGACACCAGGGUGGAUGACAACCAGUGGCACAAGGUGGACAUGAGCGUGGAGGAAUACAGCUUCCACCUGCUGGUGGAUGGGCUUAGACAGGACGAUGGAGAGCUACCUGCAGGGACCUACCUCAGCUCACCUGUUUACCUGGGCGCUGACCUUUCACCCUCCAAAAGUGGCGCACAGAACAAAUUGCCGAAGACCAGUGUCACAGGCUGCAUCUACAACUUCAAGUUCCAGAGCGACUUGGUGGGGCAGCCAGUUGCCAAGGUGGGAGUGUCACAUUGCUAUGAGAGUGAAGAGGAGCCUGGUGUCUUUUUCCCUGGGGAAGCAGCAUAUCUAAAGUCCAAAAAUCCAGUGGAGGUGCAGAGUAAGUUUCACCUCACAUUUAACAUCCGUCCUCGACAAGCCCAAGGAAUACUAUUCCAUACCAGCGGGAAGCACAGCCAACACCUCAGUGUUUAUCUGCAGAGCGACAAGAUAAUAGCACAGGCCAAUGACGGGAAAGGAGACUACAGUGUGUCCAUAGCUGUCCCAGGAAACCUGUGCACCUCAUUCCACUCCGUCUCAGUGCACAAGCAGAAGAGGUCUUUGAGGCUGGAGUUGGGCACGAUCUCCAGACACGCACAGGGCCCCUCCUCUGGCAGCUUUCUCUUCAGUGACCCAGGCUUCUUCUAUUUUGGCGGAGUACCAGCCCAGCUUCAGGACCAGGAGACAGCAGGGGGGAUGUCUUACAUGGGCUGCCUUCGACAGGUGAUGCUGAAUGGACAAGCAGUGUCACUGGAGUCCCUCUACACAUCUCACGGACCAGCCGGCCUACAUGGAUGCCCCGCAGACUAAGGAACGAAUAGAUGACCCCCCCCCCCCACACACACACACAGACACACACAUGCAUGCAUGUGCGCACACACUUUCUCUCUCUUCUCACUUUCUUCUCUCUCUC